AUGAUAAUAUCCAACGGAUGGCUAACCCUGUUCAAUCCGGUCCACCAGAUCCGAAUCAACAGCUUCCUGCAACGGCCACGGGUGUGGGACCGGCCCAUCCUGAUCCAGCUCCGGCCCUCCACCUACCGGGCCUACCGGCAGGUCUGGCAGCGGCUGAUCUGCUUCGCCUACCGCACCAGCCGCCCCAAUGCAGCCGUGCAGCUCGGCCACCAGCUCACCACUGCACAGCUGGCGGCCCUGGACCGGAUGGAGACGGCGGCAGCGGAGCUGCUGUCAUUGCCCUCGCCACCACUCUGCACACCCGGGCCCGGGGCGGCGGAUCAUCCACCAUGGACCACAGGAGGGGGCCCAUGGGUCGUCAUCCAGACGCCCCGUGGGGGGGAUCGGGAUCGGGACCCGGAGGGGGACCGGAGGACCGAGCGGCGCCAUGCAGCAUAUGAGCAACUGGACCAUGCCUGCCUGGACCUGUCCAUCGCGCUGCUGGACCACCCACUGAAAGGGGAUCUCUUUGAGAGUGCGGUGGUGGCCUUCCUGGCAGUGUUGGGGGUGGAUGUGGAGAAACAGACCUUCCGGGACCCCUACGCGUUCACCAGCUCCCUGUCCGGGCUGAUCAAGAUGGCCCAGAUGCUGGUGGCGCAGCGCGCGGUGCAGAUGGCGGACCAUGGUCAGGUUGAGCACCCGGCAGAUGCCCUGGAGGCCAUGCGGGAGCGGUUCCUCCUCCCGGGGGUGGCUGCCCCCUUCAACUGGCUCACACGGGCUGCGCACGUUUGGCAAGCGCAUCCAGAACACCACCACCAGUCUGGGAUAUAUCUACUGGAGCGAUGA